UCGUUACUGACAUGCGGCUACGGAAGAGCAACCAAAAUGUUUAACAUUCCAACUAUUGCAAUGCGGCUAUCUGUGGUUAAGAAGAAAAAAAAAACAAAAUAAAUAAUUUCUUGUGUAUUAAUAAAUUUAUGUGAAAGAAAAAUUUUAACAAAAGUUGUGAUUUCUUGUUGUGUUUUGUGUUGCUGUGAUAUAUGCAUACAUACAUACGUGAAUGUGUACAGUGUUAAUAUUGAAGUGUAAAUUUCAAAGAAAUUGUAAAUAAAUACAUAUACACAUUUAAGUAGAAAACCAAAUAUCGAUUAUACGCAAAAAUAUGACAUUCAUGCAACGACUGGCGUAUAUAUUUCUGCAAUGGCCGGUAGCGAGUGCAACAAUAAAAAUAUUGCCCGUGUCGUGUUCUUGUUUGUUUCCUGUUUGAAGUAUUGUGGAAACUACUCUGACUGAAGAUCUAGAAAUCAAAAAUCCUAAAAAUCAAGCAACAACCAUUCAAAAAAAAAAAAAAAUAAAUAAAUAAAAAAUAUUUAUUAAAAAAAAUAAUUGUCAAAACUAACGCACAUUUUUAAAUAAAAUCCCUACAACAUAAUGGAUUGGACUUGGGCUAUUGCUGGUGUCAACGACGAUAUACCACGCACAGCUGGACCGGAGUGCGUUAAUUAUAUGACAAAUCGUCGACGCUGGACCGAAUCGAUAAUACUGAGUUCCAUUUUCAUAUAUCUAAUAUAUCGGGCGGCGAAACGUAUGAAUCCGAUUGUAUUGCCAACAGCGAAAGAAAUCAACAAACCACAUUCUGCCAUAAGACUUAUGCUAAUAAUAAUGAUGACAUUAAUAUUUGGCAUCGAAUUGGGCUUUAAAUUUGCUAAUAGAAAUAUGAUCUACGUACUGAAUCCAUGUCAUAUACAGACUGUGGUGCAGAUCUAUCUUCUGGCCGCGAAGCCCAGUAAGACGACCAUAGCGCUGUUUCGUAUACAAAUGAAUAAUUUGAAUGGUCCAUUUUUGGCGUUCCUGUUUCCGGAAGUUGAAUGUCGUACGUUGUAUUUUGAACAGGCGACUUAUUGGAUCCAGCAUGCGCUGUUAUAUAUAAUACCAGUGUAUUUAUUAAAAACUGGUGCUUAUCAAAUGGAGGAUAUAAAUGAUUACAACUGGACCACUAUUGGGACUGCUACCAUGUUGCUUUAUCAUUUUGCUUUUUUGAGUACAAUAUCAAUGUAUAUCGGCAUCAAUCUCAGUCAUAUGCUCUGCGCUGCACAGUCAGAUCCUUUUCAAGGUCAAAAUUAUCGUAUCGCCGCCACAAUACAUGAAAUAUUCUUAUGUCCCAUAUUAAAUAAAGUAACGGUACUUCUGUGUUGUAAACCAACAACAACUGUAAUGCUUACAAAAAAACUCAAACCAAAUUUAGAGUUACGUCUUACAAAUAGCAACAACACCGCAAGACGUAUCUCAACCGAAAAUGCUUUACUCACCGCACGAUUGGAUAAUACAUACGAACAACUCUCGAGAUCAGUACCAGCAACACCCACAUCCCAAUCGCCCACCACCUCGACCGGCUCGCCAAUAAGUGAAAUAUCAUUAGUUGCCGAAAUGGCGGCAGCAGUAGCCGCCGGUAGUGGUCCGGUAACGAUUAUGCGACGUUUAAAACGAAAUUCCAUUAAUGCGCUUACAGGUGAGAGUGUGAGUGGUGUGCAGUUGGGCGCAGCUGAUCAAGAAGAGCGCACUAAUACGACAUAUGUACGUGAUAUGAUUGAUUUGUUGAAUGGUGAAUGCGCGAAUACGACAACAAGUGUCGCCAACGAUGAUUAUACAAUGCCAACAACAAAAAUUGACUAGUAUACAACGAAUUUAAAUGGCAGUGCUUGGCGGCGUUGGUUGUGGGCGUUAACACACAACAUUACCAUUUCCAUUUCCAUUACAUCCAUAUUGUGAAAAUAUACUAACAUAAUGGAAAAGCAAUAGAAAAAGUGCGAUUAACAUGGAAGGUCAAUUUUAUUUUGAGACUUAACAACAAAACAAGCAGACAAGAAGUAAGAGCAGUUAAGCUGUUAUGUACCUGAGUUUUUCCGGCAAAUGAAAAUAAAGCUAAAUUCAAAAAAAAAAAAAAAAAAAAAGGAAAUUAUUAUUCAAAAAUGAUGGUGGCAAUAAAUCUCAACUUUUUCAUCGCAGCGGCUGUAAGGUGUAUAAAUAAAAACGAAAUGAAAACGUAACUAAAAUUUAACAAAAAAUCCAAAGUAAUGUAAAUACACAUCCGUUCAUAAAUACAUAUAGUAAAUGAUUUUCGUAAAUGCAUAUGCAGUAUACAGUAGCUGUAUGUAAUAAAUAUAUAGAAUAUUUGAGAUAAUUUUAACACAUAAUUUUAAAUGUAAAAUUAAACUAUUUAUAUAUGUAGCGUGUAAACUGAUAAAUACAAAAGAAAAAAACAAUAUACUUAAUGCACGUGAACUUUAGUAACUUAAACUGGAAAUAAUACAAAUAUUUCAUGUGUAACUAAAAAGACAAGAAAAAAAUAAACUUUUAUAUACAUUUAGGGUUGUUUAAGAAGUUAUUUAAAAAAUAUAUAUUUUGGCAACCAAAAACUGAAACAACCAAUUACUGUAAACUUUAAAUGCUCAUCAAUUUGUAUACUUAAAUAACGCAUGUUAAGCAAAUCAAAUUAAUUUGUAAUAACUCAACUCAAAUAAUAUAUGCAUAUUUGUACAUAUUUACUUACAUACAUAUAUUGCUAACUAAUAUAUCUUGUAUCAAUUUUUCUUGCCAAUUAUUGAUGAAAUAAAAAAAAACAGUUGUUAACUACGUAGUAUACGCAUAUACGUAUGUAUGUAAAUAUAAUUAAAGUACGUUCGAAACCAAAAUUUUAUUGCAAGCUAUGCAUUAUUCUGUUUUUAAAACUAGAUCAAAAAAAUUUUAAAUGUUUCUUUUUAUCAUGUAACAUGCAUAACAAGUUGUGAUUUCCAAAAAAAAAAA